AUGUCCAAAACUUUGCGAAAGUCGACCCGGCCGACCACCGUCGACGAUAUCGACGCUAUUACACCAUGUCCGCUUGCUCGAAACACACCCGAUGAAAUUGAGAUAUCCGAGCUCAUCAAUCCGACUGACAAAUUUCAGGAGUCAAGGUCACCUUCGCCGUGUUCCGAGGCUAUGUCGGUUCGCAUGGAUGCGUUCAGAAACAGAAGACGAGAGUCGCUCAAAGCCUUAGAAGAGGGCACCAAUGGCGAUCCCAAGAGGCUGUGGAAGCGCAUGUUAGCCCUCCAGCAGACCUAUGGCUGCUAUAACUCAGCUCGAAUGAGCGCGGCACUUAGCUCCGGGGAUAUCGGUUUGCUACUGCCCUCGAAAGCAUGCUUAAACCUCCUAAACGAAAACAUGGCUUUCCUACCAGAUGAGGGAGAAGAUGUUUCUGUGGGAUGGCAAUCAAGCUUAGGUCGUAGACGAGAUCAUUGA